GCAGCUCUCCCGGGGCGGCCCCGGGGGGCAGCGGGGCCGAACGGGCUCCUUAUCCCGGGGCUGCGGCGGGGAGGAGCCAGCGCCGGCACCCAGCGAAGCGCCGGCACCGCGCCGGCUCUCGCACCGAGCACCGUCUCCGGUACCGGCACCGCUCCAGCCCCUUCGGCACCGGCACCGGGACGGCUUUGGCUCCGGCUCCGGCACCGCUUUGGCUCCGGCACCGCCACCGGCUCCGGCACCGCUCGGUGGCUGGUACCGCUCCAGACCCUCUCCGCCGCCGGCACCGGCUUCUGCUCCGUUACCGGCAGCGGCCCCCGCUCCCGGCCCGGCCCCGGUGCGGCGCCCGGAGCGCCGCCCCUGCUCUUCCCCGGGACCCGGCGGCGGCAGGAAGGAGGAAGGAGGAGGGAGACCUGCUCGGCGGCCGGGCUCUGCCAUCCCUCGCAGCACAAGGUAAAAUGAACAAGAUGAAAAACUUCAAGCGGAGGUUUUCACUCUCGGUUCCUCGGACGGAGACCAUCGAGGAGUCACUGACAGAGUUCACGGAGCAGUUCAACCAGCUCAACAACAGAAGGAAUGAAGACCUGGCUCAAGGGCACCUGCAGCUGGGACACCUGGGCAGGGAAUUCCGAGCAGACACCAGCCCCAUCUCCCCCUCUGAGGUGGAAGGCCAGUCCCCGAUGGCCGUGCGCUACCGCAACAACAACCAGCGCCGUUUCUCCAUGGAGGAUGUCAGCAAGCGUCUUUCCCUGCCCAUGGACAUCCGCCUGCCCCCCGAGUUCUUGCAGAAGCUGCAGAUGGAGAGCCCAGAGUUCCCCAAGCCCCUCAGCAGGAUGUCCCGACGGGCUUCCCUUUCAGAUAUUGGGUUUGGGAAGCUGGAGACCUACGUCAAACUGGACAAACUGGGAGAGGGCACUUAUGCCACUGUCUUCAAGGGCCGCAGCAAACUGACGGAGAACCUGGUGGCCCUGAAGGAAAUCCGCCUGGAGCACGAGGAGGGGGCCCCUUGCACGGCCAUACGGGAAGUGUCGCUGCUGAAAAACCUGAAACACGCCAACAUCGUGACCCUGCACGACAUCAUCCACACGGAGCGCUCCCUCACCCUCGUCUUCGAGUACCUGGACAACGACCUCAAACAGUACCUCGACAACUGUGGGAACCUGAUGAGCGUGCACAACGUGAAGAUCUUCAUGUUCCAGCUGCUGCGUGGUUUGGCUUACUGUCACGGGAGAAAGAUCCUGCACCGAGACCUCAAACCCCAGAACCUGCUCAUCAACGAGAGAGGAGAGCUCAAGCUGGCUGACUUUGGACUAGCCAGAGCCAAGUCAGUCCCUACAAAAACGUAUUCUAAUGAAGUGGUCACGCUGUGGUACCGGCCCCCCGACGUCCUGCUGGGAUCUACCGAAUAUUCCACACCCAUCGACAUGUGGGGUGUUGGGUGCAUCCACUAUGAGAUGGUCACCGGCCGGCCCAUGUUCCCCGGUUCCACGGUGAAAGAAGAGCUGCAUUUGAUCUUCAGGCUGCUGGGAACCCCAACAGAAGACACCUGGCCUGGAAUAACAUCCAACGAGGAGUUUAAGGCUUACAAUUUCACCCAGUACCGAGCCCAGCCGUUAAUAAAUCACGCUCCAAGGCUGGACUCAGAAGGGAUUGACUUGCUGAUGAACCUCCUUCUGUACGAAGCCAAAGGCCGGAUUUCGGCGGAGGCAGCCCUGCGGCACGCUUACUUCAAGAGCCUGGGAGAGCGGGUGCACCUCCUGCCUGACAACGUCUCCAUCUUCUCCCUGAAGGAGAUCCAGCUUCAAAAGGACCCUGGCUACCGAGGCUCAGCCUUCCAGCCGUCAGCCCGAGGGAAGAACAGGAGGCAGAGUAUAUUUUAAACUCGGAUCUCGCGUUCCCCUUGUCACCAUGGAGAUCAAAGCACUGAGAAAGGAGACGGCAACACGCUCCCACCUGACCCACCGCAGAAUUACUGACUCGAGCAGGAUGAUGCUGAAGCGCCCUUGGCCGCAGGCUCUCCCCUGCCCGUCCCCACAACCACAGCCCCUAGCAGCUGCUGUUGAUGGACCUGUGGCCUUUUUCCCCUCUUCUUUUCACGUUGCCCCCAUCAGACGUGAGCCGCUGCCCUCUGUGCAGGUGCUCUAGUGAGGAGCUGCCCUGGGCACUGCCCGGAGCGCAGGAUUGUGAGCUGCCCCAGGGAACCGCUCGCUGCCCUUGGGGGGGUGAGCUGGGCACGGGGAGGUUUUGUGAGCAGAGAGUGGUAUCUCCAAAGCUGGGCUGUGGAUCGUAGCGUUUGGCCCAGGCAGGCAUUAUUGAACAAGUACCUUUGCUCGGACAACCUGCUCGGCACCCCCUGUUUCUUGGGGAGACACUUUGCUGCCACGUUACGAGCCGGGGGCAUGACCCAGCCUGGCACUGGAGAGACUGCACCUGAAGCACAAAAACCAGGGCAGCCCUCCUUGAUUUGCCCUUGCCUCUGCCUACAUACCCCUUUUUUCUCUCCCCAUCUUUGAUACCUGAGUCCUGACAAGGAUGGAGCAGCUGGGAGGAGGGGGCUUCCCCUUGCUUCCCCCAGCAUCUCCCCCUCCUUGCCACCAUUGCAUUUCCAAAUUCAGUCAGCUGGCUGCUCCCCAGGGAUGUCCUGAGCUGAGAGCGAGGGCUGGCUUAUCCCUCCUGGGGUACCUGCUGGUAGGGCUGUGCAGAAGCGGGGACGGAUGAGCAUCGGCUCCGUGCUGCCUCCCAUUGCUGCGCUGAGCCCUUCAGCCAGCCUUUCCCAGGCACCGACGGAGCAGCCCCUUCCCCAUCGCUAAGCCUGCCGCCCCCCCAGCCCGGGACCCUCUCCGCCAUCAUCACGAGGGGCAGGACACGGUUCCCAGACAAGCGCAUCUCCCCCCGUCCCGUCGCUGAGCCCCGUGCGAUGUGGCAGAGCCCGAGCCGUGCAGCUUCUCCGUACCAAAGUGUUGCACACACCCACCUCAGUGCAUUUCUACCCAGAGGAAGGGGGAGAGGUGCCAAACCUCCCACAGCUCAGCUGUGGGGACCAGAAAUAGACCCGGAGAGAAGCAAAUCAUCCCUCAAACCUCUUCGCCUGGCCUCUACAUUUGUAGCCAACGCCAGAUCGUACCAGCCCUGACUCAGAUCGAUGCCGUGAGACUGAGGUGUGUGCUUAGAUCUGAGCGUGCUUUGCUGGCCGAGGACUGCUCCUGGUGCGUUUUCCCCUCCAUACACUUCAGGAACGUGCCAAAUCCAUCCUGAGCGAAGAGGCCCUGCUGCACCUCUCCCCCACAGCCUGCAAGCAGCCUGAAACGUCUUCGAGUGUGUGAGCGUUGCAAGAAGUCUUUCUACUGUAUAAUAUUCACAUCCUUUUCUUGGCUGUCCCGGAUGACUAGUCCUCUCGCCCAUCGGUCCUCCAGCCCAUGGAUGUGGCCAGGAGACUUGGCAGGUGCUGUGACUGUCACCGGGCACUGGCACUGGCAGGACAUGCUGAUGUCUUCACCCGUCACGCUCCCAGCCUGCGAGGCAUUGCUCAGGGGACGGUAACUCUCCAUGCCACUGUUUUCCCAUCGAGCAGGGACGGAGGGCUCUGUUUUCUGCUUUGCUCUGCAGCAUUUCUUCUGUGAUCCUUGGAAAAUGCAAAGCGUGAGGAUAAAUGCGGAGACCCCCAAGCCUCCCAAAGCUUCUGGGGUGACUCCUCCCUGUGCCAGUGCUGGAUGCGCCCUCCGAGCUUCCCCCAUCAGACCAAAGCUGUUAAUUCGGGUUUGUCCUAGACAAGCAUCCAGACGUCUGCAUUGUUUGAGGUUUGCCCAUCCCUGCUCAGUUCCCUUCUCGGUAUGUCCAGCAUACGGCAGGCUGAAUAGUUCAUUAAUUGUUUCCAUUUGAUAGGGAAGAGCAUGAAUAGCCAUCAGCCACCAGUGACGCAUUUCACCCUGAUGUCAGGGUAGCGUUUUGUCUGGUUUCCUACACCUGGCUCCUGCUCCAUGGGGUUUUUCAGUAGGGAGGUUCGCAAAGGGAGGUGUUGGCUGGAGUAAGUCUGAACUCUCGCACCGUCAUCUUUUCUUUCACAAAGGCAUUUUCUACAGGAAUUUCCUUGGCAUGGCAGGGAUCUGCAGUGCAGACUUGCACUUCCCAGGGCAGCCAGCUCCUAUUGGGAAUUAGCAGCAGAGCAGGCAGGCCAGCUCACGGACGCAGCGUCUGCCCCUGCGGCAGCACCUUCAGGUACAUGGGGCGAAAAGUGCUGGCGUCCCCGGGGGGGGGUCAGAGCCUCCCCUGAGGUCUGUGAGCGCAGAUCGGACCGGAGGGAGCAGGAACCCCCUCCACCCGCUCUUGGGAAGCCCAUUCAGGACACGUUUGACCUGUCUUCGUGCAGUUUUCUUGCUUGGCGUUACCAUCCCCGUGCGCUGAGGUUGCCUUGGGCAUAAAGCACGCUGGGGCAAGCGGGUGCCCAGCUGAGCCGUCCUGCUUUCACGCCGGGAGGACGGAGGCAGACCACACUAGACCACCAGAUCGGUGUGGUCUCGGCUCUCCCCACGUAAGAGAGGUAUUCCUUUUGAAGGUCAAGGUCACCUACGGGAACCGGUGGGGAGAAACAUUGGGGAAAAGACCUAGCAAUGACCGUGUAGACAGGACCGCUUUACCCGGGAUCAGAUAGCAAAGAGAAAGGGCCUGUUAGCUACUGUUUAUUCUUUCAUAGCCUUUGCCUUUUCUCCUACAAGUCCUCCCUGAAGGAGACACUAUUAUUGAUUAGCCCUGUGUGCUACUAACAGCCCGAAUUUAAGAUAACCCCUUUUGUUCCACCACAUUUAGUGGAUAUUUGAUUCCUAUUCAGAAGGGCGAUAGCGUGUGUAAAUAUUGGUGCCUCACCGAGCGAGGUUCCAUUUACAAGCCCCUGUCGCUGCUGCGCUUGCACGUGUCGGCUGGCAGAGCCCCGAGCGUCUGAUCUCCCACGGCACGCUGCCCUCCAAAGCCUUCCCGACCGCGAAGAAAAGGAGCCGCAGGUUGGCAGCGAUCAGUGCCGGGAGCCGAAUCCCCCUUUCUCCACCUCCUGGAUAGUGUUACAGUCCCCCUGAGGACCGGGGGGUCUGGCCGGGUUUGUGAGGACCAAGAUCCCUUGGAUGCCCCAGUGUGUAGGAGCCCCGAGCAGAGCGGUACCCCGCUCCUCCCCGCCUGCAAGGGGAGGAAAUCUGCGGCAGGGCUCCCGCUGCCGAUGGCAUUGCUCCCUGCCUGCUCCGGCAGCUCAUCCCCAGGCAGGCUUUCCCUAGCUUUUGGAUCGCCAGCCGGCUCUCAAGUUGGAUUUUUUUAAAGUAGCGCUAAUGAAAAUGCUGGGAAUGUCUGUGGCUCGCCGGCAUUUUUUUCAUUUCAUGUGUUCUCCCAUCCAUCGCUUUGCGGAAUAACUGGCCCUCCUCGCAGAUGGGGAGUUUUGACAAAAGGAAACUGUUGCUUUGUCUUCCAGACAUUUUUCUUGGAAUUUUUUUUUUUUACCAGUUCUGGUGGAAAAUGGAGUUUUGGCUGUGCCCUCAGGAAAGGCUGUAUUCUUUCAUCUCUCCAGCUGAUAGCUAGUUAAAGAAAUGUAAGUAAAGUAAUGUGUAAAGCAAGGUCUGUGUUACGGGACAACAAUAAAACUUACAGGCAGAGCUAUUUAAUUUCACUCUCUCCAUACACACAUGCACACGCCUUUCCUGGCCCAACCCGUUGCCAGAUCUAUGUCAAGAUUUUAAAUAACAAAACUACAUUGUAUCUUGGAGACUAAGGACAAAAAAAGUGGAUUUUUUCCUCCCCCUUACACAUGAUGAAAAAAAAAGUAAUUGGAAGGCUGUUUUCCCAAGCUUCUCAAAUGUUUUGUUUUGUUUUUUUCCCCAUGACUUAUCUUCAGUCAGAAAUUAGGCUAGCAUAAAACAGGAGCCAGAGCUCCCAGAGCAGGCUAGGAACAGGCAGGUGGGAAAACAUUAGAGAAAGAGUCUAACCCACUGGACUGAGGAAAGUAAAAGGUUUCGUGUGUGUGUCCCAAGGCACGGGGAAGGGACCGGACCUGGGGGUGGGAGCAUGCCCAGCCUUACGUGGCCAAACUCUGCUUUCACCAGCCUAAAUCUGGCAUCUUGCAGCCACGCAAGGCCAGGUUUGCUCAGAGCGCGGAGCCAGCGAUGGCUGAGCGGGUCCUGCAAGGGCCAUCAGGUCUUGAGCCUGAAAUACCUGAGGUUAAAAGUGACAUGAUCUCACCUGCCAAAAGCUGUGGCUCUCCGCCUGACCGUGCCGCACCGCCGUCCUGUCCCUGUACGCUCGAGUCUUGUAAGAAAUGUGUUUGGAUGUCCCCUUAGCACUCCCCACUAGCGAUGUCUGGGCACAAACACUAUGAAACCCACUUUCUGGUUUCUUCAUUGCCUUCUUUCCUCCUCAGCAUUAUGCUUGUCCUACAGCCUACAGCAGGAAAAAUAGAUUCAAGCGGCGAGGAUACACAUACUGUGAAUGUUCUCUGGUGUGAUUCAUUUGCAGAAUACCGGUAAUAUAUUUAACUAGAGUUGUACAAACGAAAGAUGCAUUUUAAAAGAAAUGAUUUUAAAGAUUUAUUCCAAAAGAAGCAAUGAUUUUUUUAUAGAAAGUUUUUCUGGAAUAAAUGGAAAGGUACAAAAAAAAAAAAGAAUAAAAGAUUGUAUCCAUCUAUCAAUCUUGUGUCUGAAUGUUUUAUAAGAAUAUUUCAAUUUUUGUAUUUCAGAUGUGUCAUGGACUAUUUUGUGGAUGUGCUCAUUUUAUUGCUAAGGCUUAUAUUACAGUUGUAUUGUGAACGCUCCAAAGCCAAGAUUGGACAAUAAACUUUAUUGAAUACAGGA